AUGCAUUUCGUACCAUUCCUAAUUCAUACUAUCGUCCUCAAAGAUCAUCAACCUUUCUUCACACACUGCGACUUUCAACGAAAAAACAUCCUAGUCAGAGACGUUGGAGAUGGAUAUUCGCUGAUAAUAAUCGACUGGGAGGCCUCAGGUUGGUAUCCUAGCUACUGGGAGUUUGCCAAUGCGUUGUUUGCGUGCGGGCGAUGGGAGGAUGAUUGGUCUUUCUGGGUUUUACAAAUUCUAGAUCCUUUCUUCAAUGAGUACUCAUGGAUGCAAAGAUUACGCACAGAGUUGUGGUCUUAA